AUGCAAUCGUGUCUCCAAGUAAAUCGUUCCAAGUAAUGUUGACAACCCGCAACAACGUGUAUAGAAGUGAUUCAGGGCCUCUGAGAACAAGUUUCCUCUCUCUGAGGCAAGGUUCCUCACUCAGAGGACAAGGUUCCUCACUCUGAGGACAAGGUUCCCCACUCUGUGGACAAGGUUCCUCUCUCUGAUGACAAGGUUCCUCACUCUGAGAACAAGGUUCGUCACUCCGAGAACAAGGUUCGUCACUCUGAGGGGUUCUUCACUCUGAUAACAAGGUUCCUCACUCUCAGGACAAGUUUCCUCACUCUGAGGACAAGGUUCCUCACACUGAGGAAAAGGUUCCUCCCUCUGAGAACAAGUUUCCUCACUCUGAGGACAAGGUUCCUCACCCUGACGACAAGGUUCCUCACUCUGACGACAAGUUUCCUCACUCUGAGGACAAGGUUCCUCACUCUGAUGACAAGGUUCCUCACUCUGAGGACAAGGUUCGUCACUCCGAGGUCAAGGUUCCUCACUCUGAGGACAAGGUUCCUCACUCUGAGGUCAAGGUUCGUCACUCUAAGGACAAGGUUCCUCACUCUGAUGACAAGGUUCCUCACUCUCAGGACAAGGUUUGUCAGUCUGAGGACAAGUUUCCUCACUCUGAGGACAAGGUUCCUCACACUGAGGAAAAGGUUCCUCCUUCUGAGAACAAGUUUCGUCACUCUGAGGACAAGGUUCCUCACUCUGAGGACAAAGUUCCUCACUCUGAGGAGAAGGUUCCUCACUCUGAGGACAAGGUUCCUCACUCUGUUUAA